CUGAAAUCCGAAGUCACGAAGAACAAAACACGAGAGAAAAAACCAAAGAAGAAUUCUUUCAACAUGUCGUACAAAAGUCUCGCGGGAAAGACAUUUAUAGUCACGGGUGCAUCGUCCGGGAUGUGUCGAUCAACUGCUAUCCUGCUGGGGCAACAAGGCGCGAAUGUCGGUCUAUUCGAUCUUCGAUCACCAGAUGAGGUGGCCGCAGAGAUUGAAAAAGCGGGAGGCAGCUGUCUUGCUCUGGCCUGUAACGUCCAAAGCCGUGAAGCGGUCGAUAGUGCGACAGAGGCGGUGGUUAAUAAAUUCGGGAGUCUACAUGGGGCCGCAAACAUGGCCGGGAUAGCAGCAACCCGAAAGACUCCAGUUGGAAGAUUUGGCCUUACCACUCUUGAGGAUGAUGACUGGGACAUGAUUAUGAAGACGAAUCUAGACGGAGUAAAGAACUGUCUGAGAGCACAGUUGCAAGCUAUAAAGGGCCCUGGAUCCAUCGUCAAUGCUGCUAGUACCGCUGGACAAUACGGACCACCAAACUGCUCUCCAUAUGUAGUUAGUAAAUGGGGAGUCAUCGGACUCACAAAGACUGCGGCAAAAGAAGUUGGCAAGCAAGGGAUUCGAGUGAACGCUGUGGCACCAGGUGUGGUAGCCACAGCAUUAACUGCGACCCCGAGCACCACACGCGAAGCGUUCCUAGCGACCACAGCAUUGGGUAGAAUUGGUGAAGCGGAGGAGAUAGCGAAGACCAUUUUAUUUUUGCUCAGUGACGAGGCAAGCUUCAUCACUGCAUCGGUGGUCAACGUAGAUGGAGGCUACUUCUAGGCCUAUGCCCAGCGUGGAGUGUCCCGCACGAGGACCAAGUCGUCUUGCACCGUCUUGGUAGAGGCUAGAUGCAAAGACUACCUAGAGGUAUCUGAAGGUUGGAAGGUUCGAAAAGUAGCCUAGAUGUGAGAGCAGGAGAGUAGCGUGAAGAGCAUUCGGUGCCUGAACCCAACGUGAGAUUUCCUUACAUCUAGUGGUUUGAGAGGUUCCAGCCGGUACAGUUGACGGCGGUCUACGUAGAGGACAGAAACCAUUGGGAUAGAGUCUUCAAUGCACUCAGUAGCACGGACUGCC